AGUUUAACAGAGGCGAUUGCACUCAGGCUGUACAGUGUUUUGAGCAUUAUAAGCCUUUGGGUGUAAGAAGAGGCUGCAAACUGAUUUGCAAGAUGGAACCCUUCCCAAGUCUUCAAAUUAGCGGAGCUUUGGGAGUUCCAAACACGGAAACCGAGCUGCAGAAACUGCUAAUUGAUGAAAGAAUGAGAUGUGAAAAUCACAAGACCAAUUACCAGACUCUAAAAGCAGAACAUACCAGAUUGCAGGAUGAAUAUAUAAAGUCACAAAAUGAUUGCAGACGGCUUCUGGCUGAAAAACAGACUAGUAAUGAAAAAUUUCAACAUUUACUUACUGAACUCCAAGAGGAGCUGUUGGAUAAAGCGAGAGAAAUAGAGGAACUUACAUUAAAAGUGCCUUCCCCUCAGAAAAUAGAACUUUUAAAAUCUCAAAUACAACAGGAACUUGAAGCUCCAAUGAGGGAGCGUUUGCGGAAACUGGAGGAUGAAGCUGAAAAAUAUAGAGGAGAAUAUAACAAGCUUCGAUAUGACAUUACAUUUCUGAAAUCAGAAUUUGAGCAUCAACGGGAAGAACACGAACGUGUUUUAGAGGAACAGAAGAUAAGACAUGAAACGGAGAUAUCACUGCUAGAAAAAGACAAAGACGAUCUGCGCAGCCAGUUAACUGCAGUUGAUCCCAUAAGAGACCAUAAACGCGUAGAGGCUCUUCUACUGGAUAAAGCCCAAUUACAUCAAAAAAUCAAAGGCUUAGAAGCUGAGGUGGCAGAACUAAGGGCCAAAGCAGAUAAUAGCGGUGCACAGGCUGAAAAUGUCCAGAGGAUUCAGGUGCGACAGAUGGCGGAGUCUCAGGCAACAAUAAAAUCCCUGGAGGCAGAAAAACAGUCCCUGAAGCAACAGCUGGAACGUAUGGAACGGGAGUUACGUGACACGCAAGAACAAAAUACCUCCUUAAUCACCAAGUUGCACAAAACCGAACGUGAAGUUAAUAAACUCAGCAGCAAAGUUGACGAGCUAAAACAUUCCAAUAAAAUGGAGAUCACUAAUGUCAAACUAGAAGCAGCAAGAGCAAAGAAUGAAGCUGAAAGAGAAAGAGACAGAGUGCAAAGUCAAUUAGAUGAAGUAAGGACAGAAAAUGAAAUCUUUAAAGCAACGUUGGAUCGGCAAAAAGAAAUAUUGGCGGAAAAAGACAAGGAAUUAAUACGCAAAGUGCAGGCAGCAAAAAAUGAAGGAUUUCAACAAACUGCAACACUUCAGGAUGAAAGGCUGGAAUUAGAAAAUCGAAUAGCUGAACUAGAAAGAUUUAAAAUGGAACAAGAUAGUCAAAAGCAAUCUGAGAUAAGUCAGUUAGAAGAGAAAUUACGGAUUGUGCAGACAGCAGAGGAGUCUGCUAGACGAGAGCUUCAAAAUGUGAGGUCAAAACUUCAACAGCAAUUGGCGUACACAGAGCAACUGCAAAAGGAAAAGCAUAACGAAGCCAGUUUUAAGCAGCAAGUUCAAGAAUUGCAAAUUCAAUUAUCAUCUUUGUCGGAUUCAGAAAACAGCUUGCUACAGGCCAAUGAGAAGCUCCGGGAGAUGAUAGAAAGGUUAAAACAGGAAAAUCGUAGCGCUAGAACUCAGGUUGACAAAGUCCAGCAAGAUGCAGAAAAAUCAAUAGAAAGGAACCAAAUAGAAUGGCUGCAAGAAAAACACAAAUAUGAUGAGAAACUAUCAGAAUUGGAGGUGAAGUACACUCAGGCAAAAGAAAAAAUGCUUAGAGCUGCGGCUGCCCAGAAGAAGAGGAAGACAAUGAAUGAAAACAAAAUCCAAAGGCUCAAACAAAAAAUUGAACUUCUAGAGGCAAAACAAGAAGAGCUUGAGACGGAAAAGCUGGUAUUAACUAGACAAAAUGGCAAUCAUGAAGAAACCAUUAGACUUCAGAAACGACUGAAGGAUUUACAACGUAGACAUAAUGAAUUUCGAAGUUUAAUUUUGGGACCAACAGUUCCAACUUCUGGGCUUUCAAAUACAGCCAGAUAUUUCACAUCCUCGUUAAUUCCAGGAAUGGAUAUGUCUAUCCGUAACGCUCAGGAGGAACAGCAUCAGAAGGAACUAGACCUGCUUCGCCAACGACUUGAGGAACUAGAGGCUUCUCAGAGGAAGCAAUUGGAAGAACUGAGCUGAGUGCGGAAAACUGUGCGCCACUUGUUUAAUUCCGCUCUAGGUGGAAAGAAAAUAACGUUUGGAAAGCAAACUAUUUUAUCAACUUUAAGGGACAUGAAACACUUUAUGAUUGUAAUAUAAAAUGUUUAAUUAUGGAUAGUAAAAAUCAUUAUUUAUUUUGCCCCGUUUUCCUGUAAUUAACCCUACAAAUUAUGGGUUUUCUAUAUCCCACCACAACUGGAUGUGCAGAGUCCAGACUUCACCAGCCUAACCUUGCUAAAUUCUACUCAGACUUUGUUUGUUCACUGUCGAAUCUCAUUUAUAAAAGUCCUCCUCAGAGGCGACAAGAUAAGAUACUGCAAAUCAAUGCAAGUUUUCUUAACAAAAUGGCAGCAACUUUGACUUGUCUACUCUAAUAACAAGUCUGGAUUGGCUAAUCCAAAUAAGGCAAUUUGCGUGUGUGUUUGUGGUGUGGGGGGUUGUCCAAUGAAAACCAAUUGCCUCAAACAAAAAGUUAAUGUAUUCAAAAAGUUUUCAAACUCAGCAAGAGUUGAUUAGAAUGGGCUUAUAAUUGCAAGGUGUUCCAUGACUUAUUAAUAAGAUUGGAACCUACUUGCUAUGUGCUCUAUUUCUUUUAAAACGUAAAAUGAAAAGACUUCCUAUAGAAGUGAUCAAACCUUUACUUGGGGCAACUCAAGUAUAACAAAGUCGUAUUAUUGUAAUUCUUUUCUUUUUUUAGUGCCAAUGUUUAAAAAAAAUACUAGAAACUACUAAUAAAUGUUAUUGUUUUUCAGCGGCAUACGCACAUAUGCUGUGAGGUCACGUGCACCAGCAUUUAAGCUCAGAGAGCUGUCAGUGGUGUGUAUUGUGCCUUUGAAGACUUAAUUUGUGUCAAUAAAGCCACUGCUGACUCUUUUUGAGAAGGGGUAGCAUUUUAAUGCUGAUGCACAGGCCCUUGCGGCAUAUGUGCAUAUCCCACUGAAAAAACAUAAAUAACUUACUAGAAUCGAAAAUGCUUUUAUUUAAAAUUGAAAUGCAGUUCUGCACAUUUUGGUUUUGAUCUUUACAACUAUUUAGUAGAAUUGGCUGUACUGAAAAUGGAGAGAUGUCAUGAGCCAAUGCAGGAACUCUCUUUCUUUUUAAAGGGACAUCAAUAUUCCAAUUUACUUCUAUUAUCUAAUUUUUCAUUCUUUAAAUAUCCUUUGUUUAGGAAAUAGCAAUGCACAUGGGUGAGCCAAUCAUGCGAGGAAUCUAUGUGCAGCCACCAAUCGGCAGCUAUGAAGUCUAUUUAGAUAUGCUAUUCAACAAAGGAUAUCAAGAGAUUUAAGCAAAUUAGAUACUAGAAGUAGAUUGAAAAGUUGUUUAAAAUGCCAUGCUCUUUCUAAAUCAUAAUAGAAAAAAUGUGGGUUUCAUGUUCAUUUAAUAGCCCAACCCUACUCCGCAAUCUCUUCUUUAUAGGCUUAUGGGUUUGAGUGCAGCAAUGUGAAGAAGAAAAAGCUGUGACAGAAAAUUACAGGAAAGUUAUGUUCAGUCUUUAAUUUUGCAGUAAUUAACAUUAUAAAACUAUAAUGCAACCAAUACCUCAAAUAUUACAAGGUAUUUUUUUUUAUUUAUUUGUUUGAACAGAAGAUAUAGUGCCUUUUAUUAUAUUGCUUAUUUUUAUUAAUAAAACACAUUUUUUUUAAACAUAAA